UUUUUACAAACAUAUACGAAAGAAAUUGGACGGCUGAGAUUUAUUAGAUCCAUAAACAAGGUCAAAAUUUCUUUAGAUAGGCAAAUUUUGCCCCUUCCCUCUUUCUGACGCCCAAUUGCCCCUAACAAAAUGUGUGAUCUCUUUUAAGUCUUUUAACACAACCUUAAAAUCCAUUCAUGGUGGAACUAUUUCAAUCUUUCCUUCAAUUUUUUAAAGUUUCUUCUCAUCAGCCGGUUUUUCAGAUCUGUAAAACUUCGCUUUUGUUACUAUUUAUGGAAAUGGCGACGAUAUCUUCAAGCCCACGCUCCGUCGAGGAGAUCUUCAAGGAUUACAGUGCUCGCCGCGCCGGUAUUGUUCGAGCUCUCACUUAUGAUGUUGAUGAAUUUUACUCAAAUUGCGAUCCAGAGAAGGAGAAUUUAUGUUUAUAUGGACAUCCAAAUGAGACAUGGGAAGUAACAGUGCCAGCAGAGGAAGUCCCUCCAGAGCUUCCAGAACCUGCAUUGGGGAUUAAUUUUGCAAGAGAUGGAAUGCACAUACCAGAUUGGAAUGAAAGAAAGCGUUUAUUCAGCCUAAUAAACGACCUACCCACUGUAUUCGAAGUUGUAACAGAGCGAAAGCCCAUCAAGGACAAACCAAACAUGGAUAGUGGUAACAAAUCCAGGUUCAGCACAAAGGUGUUGUUUGUUUUUUCUGGGACAAAAUGUCUGCAGUCUGCGGACCACAUCUGUAGACCUCUGCAGUAG